UAUAAAAAAAAAAACCCUAAUAUAACAAACAAAACUCAGCACAACAGGCUCUACUAGUUUUCCGUAUCAGAAUCAACAAGCUUGAUUGGAGUCGCCACUCAACUGCCGGAAAACGCCGCCGGAGUUCCCAUCAGAAACAGGGUAGAAAGAAGCAGAGAAGAAGAUGAAUAAGAAAAAGGUAUUGGAAUUGGCAAAGGGGUUCGGGGGGAGAGCAAAGAAUUGCAUUAGGAUUGCAAGGGAGAGGGUGGAGAAGGCGUUGCAGUAUUCCUACAGAGAUCGUCGUAACAAAAAGAGGGACAUGCGAUCCCUUUGGAUUCAACGGAUUAAUGCUGGCACUCGCGUUCAUGGUGUCAAUUAUGGGAACUUCAUGCAUGGGCUGCUGAAGGAGAAUAUUCAACUUAACAGAAAGGUUUUGUCAGAGAUAUCUAUGCACGAACCCUAUAGUUUCAAAUCACUGGUAGACAUAUCAAGAAAUGCAUUUCCUGGAAACAAGAAUGUGGUUGUCCCUCCAAGAAAGGUGACCUUUUAGAGUAUUUGGCACUUCAGCAUUUAGAGGUAGUUUAUGCAAGAAUGGUUAAGUAUGUUUGAGGAGUUCGGGUUUUUUAAGCUACAAAUAAUGUCUACAAGUGACCUAUUGGUAUGUUGGCAUUUAGCCUUGAUCAGUUUUGUAUGCCUAUGAUUCAUACUCUUGUGUACUUAACCAAAUGAUUUUCCCCAAGCUGGUUUUCCUUUAAUUUGCUUCAUUAUCUGUAAUAUUGUACAAUUUUACAAACAUGAAGAUUAGUUCUGAUCGGCUAUGGGGAACAUUUGCUGCCAUUAGGCUCCAUCAUCAUAAAAUAGAGAUUGUUUCAACAUUUGCAAAA